AUGCGAGGUUCGGAGAGAUGGUCAACUAAUAAUGGUCAAGACAAUGAAACUGGUAGAUGGUUUCCUCGUCUUCGUGAGAUCUCUAUAGCAUACUGUGGGAGACUAGAAGAAGUAUCAAUUGGAUUGAUACCAUCACUUCGGGUUUUAAAGAUAGAAGAAUGUUCCGAAGAGGUGCUAAGAAGCAUGGUUAGUGUGUCUUCAUCACUUGUUGCAUUGAGCCUUUCGAAUGUUGAAGGACUUACUCAACUACAUAGAGAAAUUUUAAUGCAGCUUCGGUCAGUUGAAAAUCUCAACAUUGAAUAUUGUCAUGGACUUAGACACUUGUGGCCAGAGCAAGAAUGGAAGACAAGCAAGAUUUGUCCAAGUUUACAAACGUUGGAGGUAAGUCAUUGUAUAGAGUUGGUGUCAUUAGGAGAGAAAGUGAUAAUUCAUAUGGGAGUAUGA